AAUCACGGACCUCUUGAUUUUGAAAGUUUUAUGAUAUCAUGUUGUAAAAAAUUAAGUAAAUCAACUGGAAAAGAAUGAAAAUGUUGCUUCCCAAAUCCGGCACCUUGAGCCAUACCAGUUAAAAAAAAAAAAAGCAAAAAUUUGCUUCCCAAUACAAAUGCUUAGGAGAUCAAAUCCAGCCAAGCUUGAUCAAUCCUUGGCACUCAUGGAUGAUAUGGAUCCUUGUCAUUUGAUGGCGGUGAUAGCUUCUUUACAACUAGCAACGGAUCUGAUUCAACAAUGAUUCUUUUGUACCCAAAUUUUCAAACCACCAAUGUACCCGCAUAGACUAUAUCUUUAACUAAUACAAUAGCAUCAAAAUUAAAAGUUUGAUUGUAACACAAAAACUACCUAAGCGUUUAAGUUAAUGACAGGUGUAUGUUUCCCUUCUUAAAAGUAUGAAUUUUUUAUUUUAAAAUUUAAUUUUUUUAUCAAAAAAAUAAAUGUUCAUAAAAUUACUACCAUAUUUAUUGCACCUAUAUUUUUUUGAAAUAUAUUAUACCUAUGUGGUUUUGUCUGCGAGUAGAUGAAUAGUUUCAGUCAAAAAUAGCUUUUCUCAUAAUACAAUUAUAUAUUUUUAUUUAUUUUGGAUAAUAAAUUGUGAAAAUAAUUUUACCAAGCUAAGUUUUCAUGUUUACUUUGUUAGCUUUCUUUCUUCCUAAUUGGGAGUUGUGAACUUAUAAGUUUAAUUUAUUGAAGAUUUUUUUGCUGAGGCAUAGCUUGAUUUUCGAGAGGUAACUUCUCCCCUAUCCAAAUAGUAUUUUAUAAAAAAAAAAAAAAAAUCUCUGAUUUUGGGCGAUUGAUGCACAAAUAUAUGUGAUAUACCCUUUUGGGCAUUUGGCACCGACAGCCCGUUAUUUUUUCUUUUAAAAAAUAAUAAGCAUAAAGUUUGUGUAAAAAAAAAAAGUUGUACAAAAGAGUACAGACAACGGCACAGGAUGUCAUUAUUAGUAUUGUUUAAUCCGAAAAAAAUCUCUUAACUCUACGGAAACUGGGGAAAAACCAUCAAACGAAACGGUCGUUACGGUGACGUGGCAUAAUUUAAUUGGAAAAUAAAGAAAUUAGCAAUAACUAAAUCUAAUUCGGUGAAUAUGCUAGCAGUACCCUAACUUGAGUCAGGCUUACGGUGUCCGUUAGCGACGCAAUUUGACAAAAAAGGAAAAAGCGCAUAACAAAGAAAAAAGUAAGCGCCAGCAAAACCCCUCAUCAAAACCCGUAGAAGAAUCGAAAGAUCCCUUUCUUUCUUCAACAAAUAUUCAAAAUUCAAGGCCCAAUCCUUACGUUUCCUUCCCCUUCGACGUUCGACUUCUCGGCAAUUCUAUAAGAUAAUAUAAGAUGGAGAAUAUGCAAUAUGCUGAAGAGCUUGUGAGGGAAUUUUUGAUCUUCAGAGGAUUUACAAAUACAUUACAAGCUUUUGAGACGGAGUUGUGUACUGAUAUUGGUAAAGGGUUUCAAGUUAAUAAGAUAUUAGACUUAAUUUUCGCGGUGUAUAUUCCUAAAUUUCAGGCCGAAAAGUUAGCUGGUCUAUUCAGUUUCUUUAAGCAGUGCUUUUCCUCCUGGUCUGAGACUACGAUGCUUGAUACCUUGUUGAAAUUGGAGGGCUCCGUUCUUCGGUGUUACAUUGUUCAUGCAUUGCAAUCUGGGAGGAAAGAUAAGGUUGUGGAAUUUUUUGGAAUGAAUGGAAAUGAUUUGCUUCUAAAGAGUUAUGAUUGGACACCUUGGUUUGCCAUUCCUUAUUUAAAGAACCCAAACAUGGAUCCUCAGUUUCGUGUUUACUUCUCCAAGGAAUGGUAUGAAGCUCUCCGUCUUUCUGUGAGGAACUUUUUCAGCGAGGUCUUCAAUGGUACUCGCCUUCCUGCCCUAUUGAAGAUCAGUUCGGAAAAGAAUACAAUUAGCCGUCUUAAGAGAGACAACAAGCAUCUUAGUCUCAAGUUAUCACAACUUCAGGCUUUACUGGAGGAUAAGGAGGCUCAAUUAGGUCAAUCAAAAAGGAGCUUGAGAGCAACUAAUAGUUCGGCUACAUCAAGUGGCGUCGAGGAUGAAAAUUUACAUCUAUCUGCAAGUAGUGAAGAAAUAUGUUCUCUUGCAACCUCACAUUUGGGUAGAAGAGAGCAGAGUGAGGAAUGUGCUACCGCUGAACCUGUUAAAAUCAUAUCAGGGCAUGUCAAGUCCUCAUCUGGGCAUGAUUCAUAUUCUGCUUUAAGUCUUCAUGCUUCAUACAGUGGAAUUGAUGAUGCUGCUCAAGGUUUCUACGGUAGCAUUAUUGAGAAUGGAAGAGAAGUGCUCGGAGAAGAAGAAUUUCCUGAAGUCAGCAUAGAGUUCCAGGAAACAUUUUUGGGCCACACUAGUCCAAUUACUCGUUGCCGGUUUUCUGCAUCUGGGAACAACAUAGCUAGUGCAUCUGUGGAUGGCACUGUCAGGAUAUGGACAUAUGACUCAUCAAUUCCGGCAUCUAGAAAUGCAACCAUAUAUUGCGGUGCUGAGAUUAUGUCACUUGACUGGGAAUGCAAAUCUGACCGUUUGCUUCUCAUUGGCACUGCUGAUGGAGGCAUUAAAGCAUGGAAUGUUGAUGCAAAGAGAGUUGUCUGUGAUCUGAAUACAACUGAAGCAUUUCCAAGUGUCUUGGAUUUAAAGUGCAGCCCUGUGGAACCAAUAUUUGUUUCUGCAGCUUCAUCACAAAGGCUUGGUUCAAAUUCUAUGGAAUCUUUGGGGUAUGCUUCAUUGACUGUAUGGAACAUGAAAACAUGGAAAGCUAUGACAGUCCUUCCUCUUGGUGAAGACCCACCUGCAAUUACUUCCCUAUGCUUCAAUCACAAUGGGAAGAUUUUAGCUGCUUCUGCGACUGAUGGAAUGAUUCAUAUGUUUGACAUGUCUGCUGGUCUACAAAUCACUGGGUGGCCUGCACAUGACUCUGCAAUAAGCUCACUUCUUUUUGGGCCAGAUGAGACGAGCAUUUUUAGCUUGGGCUCAGAUGGAAGGAUAUUUGAAUGGAGCUUGCAAAACCAAGGUCGUGUCCUUUGGUCAAAAACUUCUAGCAGGUUUUCUGACCUUGAGACAUCAAAUUAUUAUAGACAUGAAAUGGCUUUGGAUGCUAAUGGGAGGCAGCUAUUAGUAACAUCUGGUUCUGUAAGGGCACCCAUAUAUCAGGUACAAGGCCAUUCAAAGGGGUUGAGAACUCUUCCGCACAGUGCAGCUAUAACAACCGUAGAUUGGCAUCCAACCUUGCCCAUUUUCUUGACUGGAUCAGCUGAUAACUCGGUUCGAGUAACUUCCAUAUCGUGAAGACAGUUUUAUGAUUUGCCGUCUCAAUGCCUCAAUGGUUUGCCAGUUUCAGGUAAAUGAAGUGAAGCCUAAUAGAGCUAGAGUCGACAAGACUGUUUCCAUAUUUGCGUGCAUGUUUGAGCAUGUCAACGUUUGGAAGAGAUGAUAUCAGGAGUGAUGUAAUUCAUUGAAUUGUUUGUACCAUAAUGUAUUUGUCAUUCGUUGUAAA